UGCCGCUGCUUGGGAGCGGCGAGGCGAGGCGGGUAGGGGUCGCCGACCGCCUGUGCCGCCAGCGUCCUGCUGGUGGUGGCCGCCGCAGGGCCCCGGCGAGUGCAGAGCAGGAGGCGGCUGCUGGGAGCUGCGGCGUGCAUGGCGAGGCUGGCUCCGAGGGACCGGGCAGGAAGGGCUCCGUCGGAGCUGCGAUGAGCUGACUUGGAUGCAAGUGAGAGAAUGGAACCUACAGACAACCAGAGCAGCAGCAGCAGCAGCAGCAGCAAUGGCUUGUACAACGAGGACAGAAACUUGCUGCGCAUGAGAGAGAGAGAGAGGAGGAGUCAGGAGGCGCUGCAGGGUAGAGACAACUUCCCCCAGAAGAUCCCACUCUUUGCAGAACCCUACAAGACCACCAAAGAAGAUGAGUUGUCAAGCCGCAUUCAGAACAUGCUGGGCAAUUACGAGGAGGUGAAGGAGUUCAUCAGCAACAGAUCCCACCAGGAUUUCAUUGGGAUUCCCAAAGCUGUUUCUCCUCUGCUGCCCCAGGGCAGGCCUGCCCGCCCAUACCUCCCUGCAAAGCCCAGCCACGCUCUGCCAUCUGCAUUCCACGCUGCACCCCAGCAGCCCCCCACGGCUGUGGCUGCCCCCGCUCCGCCCCGCGCCGCUCCCUGCCCGAGGGCAGCUCCAGCGGUGCAGCCACCUGCGGCUCUGCGCGCCAAGGGCCACUGCUUGCCCAGCUCCCAGAGCACAGCCCAGGAGCGCGGCCGUGGGGGCCAGGAAAGCCAUGUGGGGUCUCAGCACAGGAGGAGUGACAGGCGUGCAGCUGGCGAGGGUCCUGCCGAGGAGCUGCAGGCCUCUCUCCUGGCGCUCUCUCCGCUGCUGUCCUCUCUGUCUUCCCCACUGCCUCCUCUGUCACCUCUACAUUCCAGCCAGCAGCCCGCAGCACACAACGGCAGCAAAACUCUCCCCUACAGCCAGGCUAAGUCAUCUCAGGACCUAGUGACUGGAUCCCAGGAGCAGGACAGUCGGGACAGCCCAGCCCCCAGCCUGACCAGCACCCCUCAGCCUUCCUCCCAGGCUUUUCCCCAGCCCUUGCCGUCAAAGCCCAGUGCAAUGCAGCAGAAACCCACUGCCUACGUCAGACCCAUGGAUGGCCAGGAGCAGGCACCCGUCGAGUCGCCCGAGCUCAAGCCUCUCCUGGAGGAAUACCAUGGAAAGAUCUCGGAUUUGAAGGCCAAUGCCAAAGCCAAGCUCUCCAAACUGGAGAUCCCUGCUGAGCCCCUAGAGCAAACCUUCCUUGGUGAUGUCCACUCCAUUGAAGACAUUUUGAAGGAAAUGACCCACUCGUGGCCGCCUCCCCUGACAGCCAUUCACACACCUAGCACAGCAGAGCCUUCCAAGUUCCCAUUCCCAGCAAAGGAGCCACAGCACGCUGAAGCUGCAGCCCAGAGCCAGAAGCAGUAUGAGGCACCCUCAAAACCCCUGCCUGCUUCUCAGCCAAGAACGUCAAUGCUCCAGGAGGACCUGCACCUCAGUGAUAGUGAAGAGAGUGGUGACGACCAAGUUGCUGAGAAGCCACCUUCUGUGCUCGCUCCUCCAGGCUACAGUGCCCUACAGUCCCAGCCCAAGAGUGUGGCAUCAGCACAUUCCAGCAGCCUGGAGCUGGGGAGCACCAGCGACUCGGACAGCUCUUCGGACUCAGAGACGGAGAGCAGCGACAGCGAAGCCACCGACCCCCCCAGAGUGCCAGCAGCUGAGCCCGACCCACCAACUUGUAACAAGUGGCAGCUGGACAACUGGCUGACCAAGGUGAACCCACCAGCAGUGCCCACAGAGAGCCUCAGCGACGCCACUCCUGGGCAUGGACGUGAGGAGGACAAGGAGCAGGAGCAGGCUGUGGGCAGCAAUUCCUGCCAGCAGCCCCCUGAGCCCAGGGAGCCUCAGCACAAGGGCUGCAGCCGAGCAGCCAGGACCCCUCGGGACGCUGCCCUGCCCGCCAAGCGCAGCUGCCAGGAGUCGCCCGGGCGCGCCCAGGAGCCCUCGCCCAGGCACACUGUGGGUAUCAAAAGGCCCAGCAAGGCCCCGCUGCAUGAGGAGCCCAAGGGAGGCCUGAAGGUGGAGAGUGACCCUGGUCCUUUUGAGGACAGAGACCAGCCUUGCAGAGACAAGCCAAAGGUGAAAACGAAAGCCAAGGCCAAAUGCAGAGACAGGAAAGACCCAAAGCCAGCACUGCCACAGCCCCCUGAGAAGAGAAAGCACAAAAGCUCCCACCAGGCUGCUGCCAAACCCUGCGUGGACCCUAAGCCCGUGAGAGACGUUUCCUUUGGCAGUGCCCAGGAGCAUCUCACUCUCAGUCCCCUUCCUCAAGGCCAGGGCACAACCCCCACCAGGACUAGCAGCCACAGGUCUCCUGUCGUGGCCAGAGAGGAUUGUCACAAAGAGAAGCUCCCUUUGCCUGGCCAGGAGAAUAAGGUGGGCUCACCAAUGAGGGACUCCUCCGACCCUCAGUCCCUCGUUGUGAAAAUACAUCUCCCUCUCCUGGCAAGAGUCCCUCAGUCCUCUGAGAAAGGCAACCACCAGAGGAGAGCAGAGGCCAAGGAACAGCCUGGUGCAAGGCAGCAGGACUUGGGGAGGAAAGGCACAGACCCUCCUGACAAGCCUCUUCCGAAGAGGAAGAGGAAGAUGGAGGAGGUUGAAGGGAAGAAACAUCAACCAGAAAAGAAAGCCAAACCAUUGCUGCCUUCAUCUAAGAAAGAUUCCAGCAAGCUGAAAACAUCAAAAGCUUCAUGUGAAACCCAGAAGCAAGACCUCCUGCUACCCCCAGCACUGCCACCCAAGUCUCCUGCACCCAGGCCAAGCAAGGUGGCCCCAAAGAGACCUGCAAGUGAGAGCAGUGAACUGCCAGACACAGAGAACACUGCCAGGAGCAAGAGCAGCCACAAGGAUCCUUUGAUCUCCAAGCACAGGAAGGUGGAGAGAAAUCACCCUGAGCUGUCCAAGGGCAUCAAAGAAUCUGCAGGGGAUGUCUCCAAGCCUUUCCCAGUGCCUUCUUUGCCAAAUGGUACCUCCAAGCCCAGGAGAGCUCAACUCAAGGCUGAAAAGCAGCAUCCAGUGGAGUACUACAGAGAAGAGGCCAAGAGGUUGAAGCACAAAGCUGAUGCCAUGACAGACAAGACUGGCAAGGCAAUUCAGUACCUGGAUGCAGCCCUGACCUUUAUUGAGUACGGGAUGGCCUUGGAGUUGGAUGCACCAGCACCAAAAUCAGCUUCCAGCAUCUUCAGGGACACCAUAGAGCUGAUCCAAUUCAUCACUACAGUGAGAGCCUUCACAGGCUCCUCAGCAUCUUCCUAUGAAGAGAUCUUCCUGGUGCUGUGCAUGCGCUGCCAGGCCCUCCUGCACAUGGCCAUGUUCCAGCACAAAAGGGAGACUGCAGUGAAGUAUUGCAGGGUCCUGGGUGACCUCUUGAAGAGUCCUUGCAGAGCAGCACCAGCAGCUUCUCCCUGUGCUGCAAGAAGCACAGGAAUGCCUUCUCCUCUUUCUCCAAUGCCCUCUCCUGCUGGUUCUGGGACUCCUCAGCCAGGAUCAAACGCCAGCAGCUCCGGCGGCAACAGCACCGGCUCUACGGUCACAGUCCCUGGGAACGUCCCCACCAUCACCUCUGCCUACGUCAACAUCACCUCCCACAUCCUGCAGGCCUGCGAGCUCUGGGAGCAGGCUGAUGCCCUGGCCAGGAAGAACAAGGAGGCUUUUGCUGAGCUCAGCACAGCCAGCGGCCCCCUGGCUCUCACCAGCAGCCUCAGGGAGCUGCUGCACUACACCAGGCAGGGCCUGCAGUGGUUGAGGAUGGAAACCAACACUCCUUAACUGGUGCUUCAGUACCUGGAACUUUGCACUUUUGAAGCCUCAGAAGCAUUCUGACUUCCUGAGCUGUUGGAUACAAAGCACCUGCAAGGCAAAAGAACAGGGAAGGGAUCUGGUUACACUGGAAACACUUUUGGUACUGUGCUUUUAGGGGAGCUCUUUGCUGCCCCGAGAGAGAAGAGACGGAGGAAAGCCUCAGCCUCAGUGGCACCUCCCUUUUGAAACGACAAAGUGCAAUGAACUGCCGAUGGCUGAAUGCAUUCAUGGUCUGUGAACAUUUCUACUCUCAAGAACCAGCAGAACAAUCAUCACACCUGAGGAAGUGCCCGGGAGAAGGACGUCUGCCUCCGUGGUUCAUCCGUGCAGCAUCCCACAGCGUGCAGCAGAAGGCACCAGAGAAGUGUUUGUGCCAGGACAGAUGCCACCUUGGGUGUCCUGGCUCCUCAGAUGGCGAGUAGCAGCCUCAGCAGCACCCACCCACCCACCAGCCUUCUGUUUCAGGACCACCAGUGCCAUGCUCUGCCUGGCUGCUUUCCAAGCUCUCCUCUUGUCCUUGCCAGGCAGCUACUGUCCUGAGCACCAGGCAAAGCCUGGGGUGCUGCAGGGGCACUGCUGAAGCUAUCUCUGCUCUGGGCCUCCUUGCCAGGCUGUCCUGCACACACAGGCCCUGAGCUCUCCAACUGUGGCACCUGGAAUCCUGCUGGGCUUGGCUCAUGUGAGCCCAGCACAGCUGGGGUGGCAAAGUGAGCAGAGGGGGCUGGGUACAGCUCUUCCUCUCCUCUGCCUCACUCCUUGCCCAGCCGCUGCUGGCCCUGGCAGUGAUAGGGGGUGGGCAGCAGCGCUGGGUCCCUGGGCGGGGCUUGGCAUUGCUGUGAGCCUGCAGAGCUCACACAGGGUGGAGUUGCUUCUCUGCCCGGAGGGGCUGGACGCAGCCUCUGCACUGAGAUGUUUGCCUGCACUUCGGUGCUCUUGGUGAGUAUCCAGCAGCAGGAUUUGUGCCAGCGCAGGGCAUCCUCCGUGUGGGAGAGUGCUCAGCUGCUGUGCCUCAGCCAGAGCACAGGAUUGGCACAGCUGCUCAGGAGCCUGCCAAGGGAAGGGCACAAUCAGCUGUGUGCAAGCCUUUGUCCCUUGCCAGCCACUGCAUGUUUGACAUGGCAGCUCUGCAGGUGGCAGUGGCAGGGAAGGCAGCAGCCAGGGCCUCUGUGUGCUCUGUGAGGUGCCACCUUCUGUGCCCACAUUGCUGCUGUGGUGUGCCAGCAGUGUGCUGCCAUCCUCGUCUCUAACAGUGUGCCUUAGCCCCUGUCUCUGGCAGAGCCGUGGCAGUGGUGCAGAGCAGGAUGGCAUCCCAGAACAAUGGUGCCUGGGGACAGGAUCAGGUCUCUUUGCCAGGGAGCUGCAGGCUGGGGGCACAGCUCUGCAUGCCUGGCAGCAAUGCCCCUUUUGCCAACCAGCUGCUGCUGGCUGUGAGGCUCAGGACAAGGGCCAGUGCAGAGCUGCCAGCCAAGGUCUGCAUGCCCGGAUUCGGUGUGCAGCAGCAGCUGCUGCAGCUCCGCCCUGGGCUCCAGCAGCAGGGAACUCUGCUGUGUCCUCCCCUGGCAGUGCAGGGCUGCCAGGCUGCUGCCUUUAAGGGGCUGCCCUUGGGGCUCCCUUUGCUGCAAAGCCUCAGUGCCUGGCAGGGAGCAGCUGCUCUGGGCAGGGCAGGGAGGACCGUGCUUGUUCUGCCUUGUCCCCACCAAGCUCACUGGGCCAGGGGCAGAGACUCAGCCCUCAGGGCUUGUUCUCCCCAUGCUGGCCUUGGCCUUCUCCUUGCCCCCAGCCUGCAGGCCUGAGCUGCACUUUGGAGCUGGGCUGCAGAGGAUGGGGAGAUGCCUCCUGGCUGUGCCCAGAAAGCUGUGCUUCAGAGCCCUGAGGGGGAGGAAGGAGCUGGAGUGGGGCUUAGUGGGGCUGUGCCAGAGGCUUAGCAGAGCGUUAGAGGCUGCAGUGCCCCAGCCCCUGUUCUGCCCUGGUGCCAGCCCAGGGCCCCAUGGCAGAGCUGCCUGCCCAGCCCAAGGGACCACUUGCCCCAGGCCCCUAGCUUGCCUCUAGCUGCUUGCACAAGGGCCUGGCCUGGCACCAAUCUGUUGCCUUGCUCCUAGGGCAGCUCCUGCAAGGCAGCAGGUGAGCAGGGGCUCAGGCCCCAGUGAGGGCAGAGGAGCUGCUGUGGCCUUUGUUGCUUUACAACUGGGCACACUUUGCUCCUGCAUGGAGGCUGCUCCCACUGCCAAGGCAUGGGCAAGGCAUGGCACAGGCACCUGAGUGCUGCUGGGCACUCUGCAGUCCAAAGCCAUCCGUGGAAGCAGCAGCCCCAAGCUGUGGAGCAGGAAGCUCUGCUUUGCUUCAGGCCCUGGAGAAGGCUGCUGCAGUAAGAGGGGAUGUGCCCAAAGCCUUCAUCUCCAGCCCUGAGCCAGGUCCGAGGCCUGCAGAGGGUUAGCAGAGCUGCUCCAGGUUCCCUGGGGCUCUUCAGGCCUUCCACCAAACCAAGCCCAGCCCCAGGAGGGGAGGGAAGAGCCUUUGCCAUUAGCAAACCAAAGCAGGAGCCCAGGGCACAGCAAAGGCCAUGGCUGAGGCCCAGAAGCAGAGGAGGCAGCUCUGGUGCCCAAGCAGCACUGUUGCCACCCAGCCUGGGCUGGGCAGCACUGACCCCUGUGCUGAAGCUGCCCAGUGCCCUGUGCCCAAGCUGCCCUUGCUGCCACAGCUGCAGCCUCACUGCCACGGAGCUGCAGCUCCCUUCUGCACCUGCCAGGCACAGCCUGGCUGCAGUGCCCUUGCUUCGGCUUCUGUCCCCUCCCUCUCGCUUCCCACUCUCCACCUGCCUCUCUCCCUCCUGGUCCUGCCCUGUGUGUGAGGCCUUUCCUUUGGGGAAUAACCAAUAAAUUCAGGACCUGUUUGUGAGGAGCUGCUGCAGACUCCUUCUGUUUGCAGCUGCUUGUGCACAAGUUGGCAUCUUCUUUUUCUCUCUUGCUCUCCUUUGCCCUUUGAGAGCAAGGAUGGGUCCCACAGGAGCUACUCAGCGUGGCAGGAGGGUCAUGGCUCAAGACACCUUCUCCUACCCUCCCAAAAGGGCCUCGAGGAAGCCUGUACUGGGGUCAGCUGCUGGUGAGCAGCAGGGCCUGGCCCCAGGCACUCCCUGACAGGUUGGUGCCAUCCAGGGGCAGAAGUUGCAGGAGACAAAGGGACAAGUGGUGGCUGAGGUGUUUGUCCCAGGCUGUUAGAGGGCUCAGUGCUGGCAGAAGAGCUGCUCAGGACUGGUGCUUGGAGAGGUUUCUGAAGUGCUGCCAGGAGGAUUUCCCCCAGGGCAUGCCCAGCAUUCAUGCCCCUGGCAGCGCUGCUGCCCUCUUGGCACUGCAAGGGCAGCUCCCUGCAGUGGCCUCACUGCUUUGGGGCUUUGCCCACUCUGUCCCUCAGG